GGAUCCCCAUACAUUAUCGCUGUGUAACCAGACGCCAUGGACUUGCCUGAUGAAGAGCUCAAGCAGCCGCUUGUGGACCCGCAGGAGGAGGCUACACCACCGCGACCUGGUAGUGCAGGCUCCAAUCGCGUGAUGCGUAACUCGCCGGUAGAUGCUGGAGCCGAAGAGGAGAAGGAGGAGGCACCGCGGAGACAGCCUACUCGUCCACAACAGCAGCAGCAGCAACAACAACAACAACAGAAGCUUCCCUACGCAGCGCCGAAUGUCCAUCCGUACGCUGUGCCGCAGUAUCAGCCACAAGGUUACGGUGGUAGUGCUCGCAACGGAUGGGGUGGAGGCCAGGACGAGGAUACCGGAGACCAGGGGAUAACGGUGGAUAUCGUCUUCAGUGGCAUGUACACACUCGCCGCAGCGUUCACGAUUAUCCAGGGCUUUGGCAUGCUCAUUCACUUCACAUACGCAGCCGUCUCUUUAGGCUUCUACACCAUGGCGUUCGGCGCGGCGGUUAUUAUGUACGACCUCAAGUCUGUGGUCAAUGGUGUGAGCGUGGAGAUGUACCUGCCCUUCUUGGGCAACUACAUCGGUCGCGCGGCUACCAUCCUGUUCUUUGCUGUAUUGUGUGCGCAGACGUACGAGUAUGCAGGCUGGACCAAGUUUAUCGUGCUGUACAACUUGCUGGUCGCCACGCUGCAAGGCUUCGUGUACUUCACGACGAAGACAGUGACGCAAAACCAGCCUCAAAUGGACGAUCUUCCAGACUUGUAAAGCUGCUGCGUCGUGGGUGUAGCUAAGUGAAUACAUCCACGCGUUGCAUUUUUUAGCUAGGUGUUUUGCGGUAUCGAUGGUGCAGUGCGGCAGACUUGUUGGAUGGUUUGCCGACACCACUACAUUUACAGGUAUUCUACUAUGUGCCAUAGACGCUCAAGUCUUAGACUUAGCAGACGUUAGGUCGUGGAAUAGAUCGCGAACAUUCACGCGAGCAUGCAUUCGUGCUGCACGAAUCGUGCAUUCACGUCGUCGGCACUUGUCGUGCCAGCUGUCCCAGCCAGAGUGAUGGUCGUUAGGAUCAGAAAUCUUUCUCUGAAAUCCGCAGCAGGCCUUUUGUAUGGGGUCGAAGUCUGGAAGGUGUAGCGAAGGUUCGCGAUGAAAAAUCUAUUUUUGAUCUGCGGGAAACGACGCGAGCACACGUCGCAGACGGGAGUUUCUCGUUGGGUUGACUUGACCGUCGCCCCCU